UUGGGAACAUGGCGUAUUUCAAGAAGAAGGAAAGCCACCGACAGGACUCGGACGCAGACGACAGGGAUGUACCAUUCUGUGGAAGGGACCGGCACCUUGCCGACAUCAAAAAUAACUUCCAAGAUGGCCGCCAGAUCGGUCUCAUCUCCGGGAUGCCAGGGGUGGGAAAGACUCGUCUUGCCAAGGAGUUGGCUUUUCAAAUGUCAGUCGAAUGUGAACAUCAGAAUGUAAAGUUAGAGUACCAUACGUUCAAUGUUGCAAAGUUUACGAGUACGAAGUUGAUAAAGAACACAAUUUUCGCUUCGAUGUUGCAACAGAAAGAGACAACGGUUUCGUCGAAGCUAGAAAACAUGACGGCGGCAUUGCAAAGACUGAACCUCGGUGACGACCACUAUCUCUUCAUCUGUGACAACGCCGACACGAUACUGGACGACGAUAGCUUACGAACCGAGCUGUUAGACUUCAUAACCGAAAUCGUCCAGAAGACUCGUAACGUAUUGUUCUUGGUGACUUCGCGAAGAAGAUUCCGACUGGCGAGGGAAUAUAGGAUAUUCUUUGACGUUGAACUGAGUCCGCUGAAGCCCGACGAAGCAGUGAAUCUACUAUCUGCGAUCGCACCGGACGUGUCUUUGCAGGCUCACGGAGCAGAGAUCGCGAAAAUGUGCGGCUACCUACCGCUGGCCCUGGUCAUCGCCGGAGUUGAGCUCCAAAGAGGCGAAGACGGCUACACUCCGGAGGAACUCACAGAACUUCUCAGGAAAAACGUCUUGGAGAGCCCUCUCUCCGCAGAAAGCUACAGCAGGAGCGAACAAGUCAGCCAUGUCUUAAAAAGUACAAUCGAGAAGCUCACAGACGUCAUCAAGAGUCAUUUCGCGGCUCUUAACUACAUUCCUGGGUCUUUCGGCACGUCGGCUGCGGCUGCUAUCGCGGGGAAACAGAGCCCAGCUCAGGCGAAAGCAGACGUGAUCCGUCCGCUGAGGGAACGGUCCUUGCUGGAGUUGGACAGCUCACGGCAACGGUUUGACAUCCACCCCCUGAUGAGGGACAUUGUGCAACAGUCGCUUGGACAGUUUGUCGACGUCGGUGUCACCCGUCGCCGCUACUGCGUCUUCUUCGCUGACGUACUGAAGCAGAUCGGAAUAGCGAUGAACAGUGACGCAUCGAGAGGGCUACAGGAUCUGACAACAGAGUUUAAAAACAUCGAGAAAAUGAUGUUGGAGGCGGUGAACUGUGCUGACGAGGACACUCACGGGGCCCUGAUGCGUGCUGUAUACGAGGCAGAGAGAGUCAUUAACCAGUACGUCCAUCCGGCCCAGGCGGUCCCGUUUUUCGAGGCUUGUCUGAGCUCAGCCAUGGUCUAUGGAAGUCCGGAAGAACGUGCCAAAUUACUGAACGUCACUGGCUUUGCAAUGGGAAACUACCAGGGCAGGUAUGAGGAUGCGUACGAAAAGUACAUCCAGGCUAAGGAGCUACUCGAGCCAUUAGGAGAAAGCACUGCCCUGGCGAGACUCUACUCAAACAUUGGAUACGUCUACCACACCAGGGGACAACACAGCAAAGCUAUCAGAUAUCUGGAAGAUUCAUUGGAGAUGUGGGAACGUCUCAGACACGGUCCGACAAGAGGGAAGGCCGUCACUCUAGCCACCCUCGGGAUCGUCCAUGACUUUGUCGGUAACCACCAAAAAGCCAGGGAUUACCACACAAGAUGUCUGGAGAUGAGGAUCGAGAUGUGCGGUGAAAACCACCCCCUCAUCGGGCCGACCCAGAACAACCUUGCCAUCGCCUAUAACAACAUGGGCGACAGAGACAACGCCUUGGAGCUGCACUUACGAGGUCUUCACAUGAAACGGCGCUGGUUCCACCAUCCGGCUCAGACCAAGGUGGAGUCAUUAAACCACGUCGCGGAGGAGUACAUGCAUCGGAAGGACUACGAAAAAGCGCUCCCGUACUUACAAGAGGCCAAACAGAUGCAGGACGAGGUGGGAGAUGGUGACGAACAGUCGGUGUUGACUAACGUGAACCUCGGUAAAUUGUACAUAGAAACCGGGCAGUACGAACUGGCGGAGGUGGAACUACGCAUAGCGGCGGCCUGGUACGAGGAAAGAUGGGGAACUCACGUCUGGACAGCCGAGGCGUUGGAGUUCCUUGGAAAGGCACUGCAAGGACAGGGGAGGGCUGACGAAGCCAGGACCGUGUUGACACGAGCACUUGACAUGUACGAGAAAGUGUCUGGGAAGGUAGACGUACAGGAAGCGAUUCCAAGGACCAGGGAUUUGUUAGAAGGAAUCACUACAUCUUCAGGCAGUGACACCAUGGCCGCAUCGUCAUCAACGCAAAGCCCAAGGCAAGGAGAAGAAAAAGGAAGCGAUGGAGCAGUUAAAAACGACAACAAUAUGGAGGAAAAAACAACGCAAACAACCCACAGUUUAUCGUCUAAUCUGACUCAACAUGAGAGUACAUCAGGCAAUGUUACUACUGACAUGCAGGCCGUCUUCGACACCAUUUCCUCACAGACAGGGUACAGAUGGCCGGAUCUGGCCCGCAGACUAGGACUUACAGAAGCUCAGGUCCAAGACGUGGGCAGCAGACAUCGAGGGAAUCUUAAAGAAAGCUGCAUGGAUGUCUUAGACACCUGGCAUAAGAGGGAAGGGACAAACGCAUCCAUUCAAGUCCUCCGAGAUGCACUAGUGGAUGCUUCUCUCAAGGCUAUAGCCGAGGAACUUGAAGAUACAAGUGAGCAGAGGAUCGAAGUCGAAAAUAGUAAAGUGAAGUUGCAAGGGAUGUUCUAUGUCGUUGCUGAGGAAACCGGUACCAAGUGGAAAGACCUCGCCAGGAAACUCAAUUUGAAGGAGGCACAAGUCGACGACAUUGCAUCAAGGAACCGCGGCAACUUGAAAGAAAGCUGCAUGGAUGUGCUGGAAACAUGGCGGCUGAGGGAGGGACGAGAUGCGACCGUUCAAACUUUACAACAGGCUCUGAUGCAAGCAGAGCUAGUUGCGAUAGCAGACAUGAUAUUUGAAAGAAGGAGACUGGAGAAGGCCACGCCUCUGCAGAUUUUUAGGAUGCUAGAAGAUGAGAACAAGAUUGGUGAAGGUCGUUUAGGGUUACUGAUAGAAGUGCUGAAAGGCCUGAAGAAAUCAAGAUUGGCAAAAGAGGCAGAGGAGGUACAGAGAAAGGAAGAACCACCAUGCUUCCCAAAGGGAAGUGUACCAUUUGGAGCAGGUAUCAGCAGUGAAAUUGAUUUCCCAGACAUCCCCUUCCAUGGAAGACAGAAGGAGCUGAGCAAGAUCAAGCAAAACUUCGAACAUGGUUGCAGGAUCGGUCUGAUAUCUGGCCUGCCUGGCAUGGGUAAAAGCCGCCUAGCCAAGGAAGCCGCACUCAAGAUCUUUGUGGAAUGUCGAGAGAGAAACAUCAGUCUUAAGAGACACCACCUUGAUGUGAGGAACCUCAAGAGCACUAACUUGAUCAUCGAUGCAGUGUUUGCAGCUCUCUUGGGCGGAGCUCUUCCUGGAUCGAUAUCAUCCCGAGAAGCCUUGGUCAUUGCUCUCGAAAAGGUAAAGCAUCUGGAAAAAGAACAGCACACAAGCUUCCACCUCUUUAUCUUGGACAACAUGGACACUAUUGUGGACGACGGUGAACUACGAUCCCAGUUAUUAGAUGUGGUCUGUGAGAUCAUCAAAGCUUCUUCUAAAGUCUUCUUCCUGGUGACCUCGAGCACAAAGUUUCGCCUGGCAAAAGAGCAGCACGUUUUUUUCGGUAUCCACCUGAGCCGUCUUGAUAGUGAUGAGGCAAGAGCCCUACUGACGACAUUGGCCCCGAACAUUCCCACAGACCGCUUCUCAGAUAUCACAGACCUUUGCGGUGGUCUACCUCUUGCUCUGACUAUAGCUGGAAAUGAACUGAAGCACAAUGAAGAGGAGCCAGGCUACACCCCAGAGGAACUGAUUGAGCUUGUUAAAAAGAAUGUGUUGGAGAGCCCACUCAGCGACGAGAGCUACAGUAAGAGUGAACAAGUAGGCCACGUUUUGGGUAGUGCGGUGGACCGACUGACUGAGGUACUGAAGAAACACUACGCAGCACUGAACUUCAUCCCAGGAUCCUUUAGUACAGCGGCAGCAGCAGCGGUUACGGGGGAGGAGAGCACGGCCGUGGUGAAGGCGCACGCCCUGCGUCCUCUCAGGCAGCGCUCGCUCUUGGAGUUUGGCUUCCACAACUCCCAGGAGAGGUACGACAUCAAUCCUCUCCUGCGGAAUAUUGUGCAGACAACUCUCAGCAGCCAUCUAGAUCUUGGGGUGACCCGCCGAAGGUACUGCGUCUUCUUUGCUGAUGCUCUGAAGAAAAUCGGUGAUGCAAUGACAAAGGAUGCCUCAGGAGGCGUGUGGGCACUCACAGCAGAUUACAGAAAUAUUGAGAAGAUGAUGCUGGAAGCCAUAAACUGUUCUGACGACAAUGCUUACAGGGUUUUCAUUGAUGCUGCCUUUGAUGGAGAGAAAGUCCUGAUGCAGUACAUGCGGGAUCCCAACCAGACCAUUCCAUUCUACACUGCCUGCCUCAACUCUGCCAUGGUCUGUGGAACACUGAAGGAACGUGCAAGAAUUCUGACAAUCAUUGGGUUUGUGUUGGCAAACUACAAAGAUAGACCUGAGGAGGCUUAUGAGAAAUAUAUGCAGGCAAAACAAUUGAUUGAGCAUGAAGGAGACAGUACCGUCUUAGCAAGGCUAUACUCCAACAUUGGAGGGAUCUACCACACCAGGGGACAACACGAGGAAGCUAUCAGCUCUCUUGAGACAUCACUUGAGAUGUGGGAACGUCUCAAGCAUGGGCCCCAUUUGGGAAAGGCGAUAACACUGGCCACCUUGGGAAUCGUUCACAGCUUUGUUGGAAACUAUUUGAAAGCUAAAGAAUACUUCGAAAGGUGCCUUGUGAUGAGGAUUGAAAUGGUCGGCGAAGAUCACCCACUCAUAGGUCCGUCUAAAAACAACCUUGCUAUCACCUAUGACAAGUUAGGAGAAAAAGAGAAAGCCUUACAGCUACACCAAGAGGCUCUCUACAUGAAACGCAAAUGGUUCCAAAAACCUGCUCAGACCAAGGUGGAGUCCUUGAAUAACGUUGCUGAGCAGUACAUGUACAGGAAGGACUAUGACAAAGCAUUGCAGUACCUACAAGAAGCCAAACAGAUGCAGAAAGAGGUGAAUUAUGUGGACGGUGAACAGUCGGUACUGAGUAACAUGAACCUUGGCAAAGUGUUCAUACACACAGAACAGUACGAACAAGCAGAAGAGGAACUGCAGAUAGCGGUAACUUGGUACGAAGGAAGAUGGGGAACUCACGUCUGGACUGCUGAGGCAUUGGAGUUCCUCGGAAAGGCACAGCAAGGACAGGGGAGGCCUGACGAAGCCAUGGUCGCUUUGACAAGAGCACUUGACAUGUACGAGAAAGUGUCUGGGAAGGUAGACGUACAGGAAGCAAUUUCCAGGACCAGUGCUGUGCUAGAAGAGAUCUCAACCUCUGUCAGCAAUACCAGUCUGUCAGCAGAACAAGGCCGUGGAACAGAACAAGGAGGCAGCAAUGACAUGGAUGCUGAUGACAUGCAGGCCGUCUUUGACACCAUUUCCUCAGAGACCGGGUACAGAUGGCCAGACCUGGCUCGCAGACUGGGACUUACAGAAGCUCAGAUCCAAGACGUGGGCAGCAAACAUCGAGGGAACCUCAAAGAAAGCUGCAUGGAUGUCUUAGACACCUGGCAGAACAGGGAAGGGACAAACGCCUCCAUUGAAGUCCUCCGAGAUGCACUAGUGGAUGCUUCUCUCAAGGCAAUAGUACAGGAAAUUGAAGGUACAGCUGAGGAAAAGGUGGAGGUAGUUAACCUGAAAAAGAAACUGCAAGUUGUCUUCCUCACCAUUGCUGAGGACACAGGUCCUGACAAGUGGAAAGACCUUGCCAGGAAACUUGGUCUGAAACCUGCUCAGAUUGACGGCAUCGAGACCAGACAUCCCCGUGAGGUUAAGGAGUGCUGCAUGGAUGUGCUGGAAACAUGGCGGCUGAGGGAGGGGGGCGCUGCUACAGUUCAGGCUCUACAACUGGCUCUGAGGGAGGCAGACCUCACCGCUUUGGCAGAUGAAGUGUGUCAGAUGCUACAGUAGUAGUAGCUUAUCUCAGCUUGGCUUUGUUUCUGAAGAUUUCAGGGCCUCUUCCCUCUCCUGCUGCACG